AUGUCGCUUCCUUCUGUCAUUCGAUCGUCAGCUCGACGCACUAUCUGCAGCGUCUGCGUCGCUUCAUCCUCUCGGCACACUCUCGCCUCACCUCCGAUUCGCCGAUCAUUCAGGACAACUUACCGGAGCCUUGCGAACGCAGUGGCAUCUACUUUGGACGCCGAUGAAGAGCUCCGCAGCUCCUCAAAUCUCGACCACACACCCUCUGAUCUCCCGGCACGCAAGACCAGUCGGUCUGUUGCCGGGCAAAAGGCCAAGGGAAAGACAUUUCAAGCUCCGAAAAGUCGGAAAUUCACUGCGUCAGCGUUCUUACCGCCAGCACCACCAACACCACUGGAAGUCGCUCGACGUAUACUGGCAAGGUUGCCAGAGUUCUCCAAAUCAAAGCGACUUUCAAGCCAAGUCCAUGAUUAUGGCCUGACGUCUGAAGAAGAGAGGGCGUCGAUCGACAAUUGGGCAUGGACAUUGGAUGAUCUCCUCAACUCAUGCUCCAAUGAUGAUGCCGAGGCGAAGGCGGCCUUCCAAAGAUCAGGCUUCCAAUUGGAUCGCCUGAUUCAGAGUAUAGCUUCAGCAGAAGAACAAGGACUGGCGGGAUCAAGUCAACAAGCUAUCGAACAUGCCUUGACGAGGAAUUACGUCCAAGCAGCAUCUCGCGACGAGGCUGUCAAAACCUCUACUCGAGAUCACCUUCGGACGAUUUUAUCAUUGACCGAUCUCACUAAUAUCGCCUUCUCCACAGCCUUUCUCCCUGCGCGUUCGAUGCGCCGCCAUUUCCAUCUUCACUUGGGACCGACCAACUCCGGUAAAACCUAUAACGCUCUAAAAGCUUUAGCUCAGGCGAAGUCAGGAGCCUAUGCUGGUCCGCUCAGACUACUGGCACACGAGGUUUGGGAGCGAUUGAAUCAAGGGACGGUUGGAGGACUCGAUGGACAAGGAAAAGCGUGCAACCUGUUGACAGGUGAAGAUCAUCGAGUAGUGGACCCUACAUCUCAACUGCUCAGCUGUACGGUGGAGAUGCUCCCGCUGAGCAGAGCAGACCCAUACGAGGUGGUAGUCAUCGAUGAGAUUCAAAUGCUCAAGGAUGUCGCAAGAGGCGGUGCUUGGUCCAAAGCUUUGAUCGGCGUCAAGGCUAAAGAAAUUCAUCUGUGUGGUGACGAAACCAUGCUGGACAUGCUGUCAGGACUCAUACCCUCAUUGGGAGACACGAUGGAGGUUCAUAGAUACGAUCGCCUCACGCCGCUGAAGGUUGCCGACAAGUCGCUCGGUGGAGACUUUGGAAAGUUUGAAAAAGGAGAUUGCGCCGUCACAUUCAGUCGAAACAAUAUCUUUGCGGUCAAGAAACAGAUUGAACAAGUGGUUAGUCGGAAAUGUGCAGUGGUGUAUGGUGCUCUUCCGCCAGAGACGAGAGCUGAGCAAGCGAGGAAUUUCAAUGACCCAAAUACACAUGAGGAGAUCUUAGUCGCUAGUGACGCCGUGGGGAUGGGCUUGAAUCUCAAAAUCAAACGCCUGGUGUUCAUCAACCUUACGAAAUGGAAUGGAAGUGCCGAGGUACCCCUGACUCUCACUCAGAUCAAGCAGAUCGCCGGUCGAGCAGGCCGUUUUGGGACGCGUGAUAAUGAUUCGGACAAGCUGAGGACGGCUUCCAAGUCCCACGAAGACAAGAAUGAUUACAUCGGGCUAGAUGACGCUCCCGAUGAGGGCGGAGUCGUCACAACGCUUCACGACUCGGAUUUACCACUACUUCGCGAGCUUUUGCCUAUCCCACUUCAAUCUGCUCGUCAAAUGGUCAUUGACGUUCCUACCGAGAUUAUCGCUCAGAUGGCCACUUUGCUUCCACCUUCCACUAAAUUCUCAUCCCUUUUACAACACGUGUCAACCUUGGCCGUGGUCCCUCCUAAUAUGACCACUGGCGCAUUGGACCUCUCUCGUGGACCCUCCGAGGUCAUUGAUGCUUUCGCUAGCCAUUUGUCUCUACACGAAAUGUCGGUGUUCAAUGCGGCACCGGUCAAUCUCAAGGAUCCAGUCUUGAAACACAUUUUGGGGACAACCAUCCAUUUAUACACAAGGACGAACGAAGUGAAACUCAAAGACGUGUUUCGUGCUUCUGAGCUUCCGAAAAAACUCGAUGUGAUCGAAGCGACCUUGGCCAUCUUACCGCCGUUACCCCCUGUUCUCGGAAUCGGGCGUUUACCCUUGCUUCCACCGAUCGUUAUCUCCUCUAUCCCAUCUCUCGAAACUCUGCACAAGGGUCUAGUCCUCUACUUGUGGCUGUCAUUCCGACUUCCGCUCGCCUUUCCUGACCGAGAGGCGGCUGAACAGCUGAAACAAAGGUGUGAAGUGGUCCUCGAAGACUGUAUCGAGCGGAUCCCAGGCGUCCGUCAGAAAAAGCAUUUGGAGCGGACACGCGAAGGAGACAGAGCCGUUGCCAAUUGGCGAGCGACAUUUGUCGCCCCAAACGGGACGAAAAAGUUUGAAGGCAGUGAUCCCAAAGGUGUCCAAUGGGUCGAAGAAGCCAUUGCUCAACGAUUGAAGAAUAAAGGAGCUUGGAACGAUAGGGGUUCUGCUCCUGACCCCUCCAAAUGGCUCAAUGAGGUCGAUGGUAGGGGACAGGGACAGCCGCCUGCUCCUCCCAGAAUCUCUGCUGCUUUCAGGAAUCAGAAUCUCAAGUAUCGCCUUGGCAAAUCCCGACAUUCUCCCGAUUUCAAGGCCCAUUCGGGUUGGUAUCCGGCGGAUCCAGCUGCCCCCAAGAAGACAGCUUCGCAUACUCAUCUUCUCUCGGAAGCGCCCAAGUCAGAAAAGGCAGGUAUGGAGUAG